CUUUAAACGCGUCAGUGUCUGUCUGCCUGGCUGGCGGUGUAUGUGUGUUGUGUAGUUGUGUUUCAGGUCUGACUCCCUUGUCAAUAUCACACUUUGAAUGUAUUAAUGCAAAGCAAUGGGAAUCUUGCAGACAUGGCCAAAAGACGAACCGCUUUAACGUUGCUGGUGCUGUUUGGGUUUCUGUGGGUCUGUGAUGCUCUGAAGUGCAACUGUACUGAAUGUGAGAAGACAGGCUAUGUGUGCGAGACUGACGGAGGCGCCUGCAUGGCCUCCACCUCCUACAUCCACGGCCAGGAGCGCCACAUCCGCAUCUGCAUCGCCCGGGACAGGCUGGUCCCCCCGGGCCAGCCCUUCUACUGCCUGAGCGCAGAGGGGCUGCUCAACACGCACUGCUGCUACACCGACUACUGCAACAGCGUCAACCUCAAAGUCCCCAUCGGAGUCCCGGGGAAGCCAGGCGAGCUGGGCUGGCCGGGGGCCGGAUCCAGCUGGGGGCCGGUGGAGCUGGUGGCUGUGAUCGUGGGGCCCGUGUUCCUCCUCUGCCUGGUCCUGAUCGUGGGCGUGUUCCUGUUCCAGCACCACCAGCGCACCUACAGCCACCGGCAGCGCCUGGAGGUGGAGGACCCCUCCUGCGACCACCUGUACCUGGCCAAGGACAAGACGCUGCAGGACCUCAUCUUCGACCUGUCCACGUCUGGCUCCGGCUCCGGCCUGCCGCUGUUUGUGCAGCGGACGGUGGCGCGGACCAUCGUCCUGCAGGAGAUCAUCGGGAAGGGGCGUUUCGGCGAGGUGUGGCGGGGGAAGUGGCGCGGGGGCGACGUGGCGGUAAAGAUCUUCUCCUCCCGCGAGGAGCGGUCCUGGUUCCGCGAGGCCGAGAUCUACCAGACCAUAAUGCUCCGCCACGAGAACAUCCUGGGCUUCAUCGCCGCCGACAACAAGGAUAACGGCACCUGGACGCAGCUGUGGUUGGUCUCAGACUACCACGAGCACGGCUCCCUCUUUGACUACCUUAACCGCUACUCCGUCACCAUCGAGGGCAUGAUCAAGCUGGCGCUGUCAGCCGCCAGCGGCCUGGCCCACCUGCACAUGGAGAUCCUGGGGACACAAGGUAAGCCAGGCAUUGCUCACCGUGACCUCAAGUCUAAGAACAUUCUGGUAAAGAAGAACGGAACGUGCGCCAUCGCCGACCUGGGCCUGGCCGUGCGCCACGAGUCUGGCACUGACACCAUCGACAUCGCCCCCAACCAGCGCGUCGGUACCAAGAGGUACAUGGCCCCUGAGGUUCUGGAUGAGACCAUCAACAUGAAGCACUUUGACUCCUUCAAAUGCGCAGACAUCUACGCCCUGGGCCUGGUGUACUGGGAGAUCGCACGCCGCUGCAACGCUGGGGGUGUCCAUGAGGAGUACCAGCUGCCCUACUAUGACCUGGUGCCCUCUGACCCCUCCAUUGAGGAGAUGCGGAAGGUGGUGUGUGACCAGAGGCUCCGGCCCAACGUCCCCAACUGGUGGCAGAGCUACGAAGCCAUGCGCGUGAUGGGGAAGAUCAUGCGGGAGUGCUGGUACUGUAAUGGCGCGGCGCGGCUCACCGCCCUGCGCAUAAAGAAGACGCUGUCUCAGCUCAGCGUGCAGGAGGACGUCAAGAUCUGAGCAGGCCCGGCCCCACUCCACCACAGGGCCUCCGUCGGGGUUCCUUUCUAUUUAUUUUUUUUAUUUCUGUUUUAAUUGUACUUUUUUUUUUCCGGAGACGCACAACAAAAGAAAACCCCCGGGGGCGGAAAAAAAUAGAAUUAAAAACGACAACAGAAACUUUUAAAAGGAUAAAAAGUAUAACAAACCUGCCAGUUUUAAAGCCACCGUCCAAGUUGCGACAAGGCCUACCUCACCUUUUCAGCCAAAACUACUGAGUAAAAUGACCCAGUUCCCUUCCUCCCACCUAGUCUAGCCAAUGUCAACCCCCCUCAAAAAGCCUCCUACCCACACUCCUCUCUGUCCCUACUAAAACGGGCCACAUACUGCUAAUACAACUCCAUGUACUUACUACUACUACUAUUAUUACUAGUGCUACUACUAUUACUAUUAUUACUACUACUACUACAAGUAAUACUACUGCCCCUUUGUUUUUAAGAGUUGUUUUUAAAGGCAGGAAAUCUGUACAGUGUUUAAUUAAAAAUAUGUGUACAUCUGUUUUUCUUUAAUGUACUUACAUGAGCCCUGAAGAUGAAUUUCAUGCCAUCUCUCCUUUUAUUUUGUACGGGUGUCGCAUGCCAUCAGAAGGUGUGCUUUGAGGUAAUAAUGCUGUUUUUAUUAUUUUUUAUUUUCCUUACUUGCCCAGGCUGUUGUUGCUGUUUUGAGGGAAAAUGUGAAAUAGUAGCCUCAUUUCUGGAAUUUUUGUCGCAAGGUCCCUUACAAGGGCGUCUGUAGAGUGCAGCAGUGUUCAUAAAUACCAUUAGACCCGCUCUGUUAUGGUUCCAGUAUUCCGCUAGACAUGCCAAACUGUAACUGGUCACUCCUAAAAACCAGGACCUGUGUAGGCUCAGACUUUAACUGUACCUUUUCGAGUUUAAAUUUCGGACGUAUACGAGCUUCAUGCAGGAUUUGAUUCGUUCGUGGUAGAACGUCCUUUUAUGGUAAUUGUUUCGCCAGGUUGUGGAGCUCACCUCGCUAUGAGACCCUAGGCCGUGGCACUUAUGACAAAAGUAUUGGCCGUCCGCUUAACUAUUGUACGAUCUACGUUGUCGAGCUGGUGCUGGGUUCCUUAGCAGUGGCUGUAAGUAACUUAGAAUAGCGUUCAACUGCGUGAGGAUAGAACUGGACAAACUCAGGCUCAAGCCGCCGCUUAAGUUUUCGAUCUUCGUUUCACACAAAAUAUAGGGUAAGUGUGGUGUCCAGCUGGACGGAUAAAUAAACAUAGGCCUACGUACUUGGUAAUUAAAAUCGAUUGCCUACUAUUUGCUUUUUGGGAAAAUAUGUCAAUGUAUUUUGCAUACAGACAUUCUUUGUCAUCUUCACUUCGGUCAUGGAACUACUAAAUCAUACAUGAUUGUUUAACGGACAUCUUUUUUAUUUCCAUUUUAAUUUAUCUUCUCCUGGGCCAGUAUAAGGUACGAUAAUUCCCACCAGUAAAUCAAGUUGAGCUGUAGGCAAUUUAUUAAUGGAUAGGUUUCAUUAAUUUAUUGGAUUAUGGUGUGGUAUCACGUAAUGUCCUUAAGUUAUUAAAACUUGGGCUUCUAUACGUGUUAGGCUUCUGCCGAACUGUCCUAUCACACUGAACACGAUUUUUGUAAUAGAUGUAAUAGAUAUGUUUUAGGAUAUUUCUGUUUUAUGUCGGCAUUUUCCUGCAAAUAUGCAAAUUGUAAAUAGGAUGUAUAAAUUAGGCUACUGCGUUUUGUUUCGUUUCCCAAUGAUCAUUUUGACUACACACUUUUUUGUUUCUGAUUUUUCGAAACAAACGGAUCUGUAGCCUGUAUUUUAACUGCAUUUUAUGUCGAUCGUUCUGAGAGCUGAGACUAGGCGCACUGAGUGCGGUUUUUGAUGUACUCCUUAAACCCUGCAGGUUCAUUGCUAGCAGUACUGUAUGGCUUGUCCAGCAAGACAUCCCUGUAAAUAUAUAGGCUGGCUGCGUUUACUUUUUCUUGUUUCGUUUUGUCUCCAUAUAGGUGGGUUAAGUUUAAUACCACUGUUUUUAGGCCAAGGGGGUCUUGGAGCUCGAAACUCAAAAUCGUCCCUACAAACGCCCUAUAUGUUUAUGUUUAGACCUGCGGUCUGUAGGGUAUAGCCGUUAAUUUCCUAAUCCAGACUUCACUGAACAGUAGAGCUGAGCGGUAUUACAGUUCCGCAAUGGAACCCAGUAAACACUGGAGCAUGCAGUGCAAAAUUUGCGACUUGUAUAACAGCUAGAAUAAAAUCUGAUCAACACGGGUGCGUGUAAUAAAGCGGAUGUAAACACAAUAUAAAUUUGGUCUAGCCUACACGACCCUGAAGAUGCACCGAAUUUUGUCCGAUUCCUGAAAUGGAUAUCAAGUAAUGACUGUUAACCACUCCAAUGAGAAACCAUCUCAAUGACGUAUAUAUUCAGAAACUUGAAGCAAAAAAAUGUGCCGUUGAGUUCAUGCUAUGAAAUUAUGUAAGGUAGGAUGGGAAUGUGUUUAGUGAUGUGUAUGUAAUAACUAUUGUUCAAAUGAACCGUGUCAUAUUGGAACAUUUCAGUUGAUGUACCUUUUUUUGUAUAAACUUGUUUUCGAAGCUGAAUUUUAACAGAAACCUUCAGAGUCCAAUGUUUUUGCGCUACUGCAAGAUGGGUUUCAGAACAGAUGUCCUGAUUGGAUGGCUACUUAAGGCUUCUGAUUGGUGUUUUGUCAGUGUUUCCGUUCUGUUGAUCAUGAGGGUGCUGUUUGAACUAAGAUGAUUUGACUUAAAUGUGUAUCGUAUGUUGAUUCUGCCAGAACAGAACAUACACUCACACACACACACACACACACACACACACACACACAGUAUCAAAGCACUCCUGCUGGCCUUUGGUCAGCCAACACAAGACACCAGGUUUAUGUUAAAGUGCAAUGGAGAAAUCCUGCCAUUCAGUAAAAAAGGGGCAACAAACAAAAAUGAUUGACAGACCAGAUGGUUCAAUAAAAUUAAAGGGGAAUAUUACUAUUGAAAAUAUGCUUCAGAUUUCUAGCCUGAAAGAACUGUGUUUCCACACAGGGUAACUGAUGAUUCUGUGGAUCCCCUAUUGUAUGUUUCAGUCAUGUCAAAUCUCAUGGGAGAGUGGCUGCUGUUACAGGUUUUGCAUUAUAGCUCAGAGUUCCAGUAUGUUCGCCUGUUCUAGCAUCUUGGUUUCUUGUCAGUCCUGGUCCUGCCAACAUCCUCGGUUCAUAUCUUGGCGAGUUUUCAGGGGGUAUUUAUGUACACCUGAGGGUUCAUAGCGGCCUCAAAUAACCAGCCUGAAGAAGCCAGACAGUCAUUUGAAUCUCCGCGCUCUGAGAAUCCUCAGAAUCCAUCCAUCCAUCCCUGUCAUCUCCAAGUUAAAGCGUAGCCUACCUCAAUGUCCACUUGUACGCGUGAGUAGGAGAAAUGCAUUGUUCUUUGAUCGUGAAAGUGAGAGGGGGAAAAAACUCUGAGGCAAAAGCCAAAAGUGGAAGGGUGGAUAUUUCUUGUACAAACCUGAGCAGCAAGUGCAGAAUGCACUCGUUAACCUGCAGUAUUUGGUUAGGUUGGGGAAGAUCCACGCUUGUUUUUGAUCUUCUGCGCAAUAAGAGUUGCUUUUUAGUGGCGGCGAUGUCCUUACAGGUUAGGUGGUUUAGCAAACUGGACAUUCGCAUCUUUAACGCAUGCUGCUUUCCAUCAUCAUUUUGUGUUCGAUCCAAAAGUGAACUCAAACCUGUCAGGGUUUUUCACAAAAUGAACAAGCGGAAGCUUUAUCAACCUCGGGAAGUAGGGGUGUGCACGACUCGGUGGUCUGAAAAAAAACGGUGCUUCGCCAUCACAUCUGUAGCAUGAAACAUCAGGGGCUCAAUUAUACCACAAGACAGCUUCUUAAACGGCAGUCAGCAACUGAUCCACAGGACGAGGAAGGAGAAUGAUUUAUUUUUCCCCCCCCAUCAGUUUUCUUUUAUAUUCUCUUUGAUCUUUGCUUGUAUUUUUCCCUUUGGCCUCAGUGUGGGACUGUCAAGGGGAAGGUUGCGUGUACAUAAUUUCCUUAAAGUGUUGCUGCUAACCUGGAGAAGGGUGUGUGCCCGACAGGCCAGUUUGGGAGGUGCGAAGCAUUAACUGUGUUCUUAGGAAUAAAGGGUGUGGGAGGGUCCUGUUAAAAAGGGUCCGGCAGGAUUUUAGGAGUAUCAAAAGUUCAGUGUAACGACACAGUUACAGUUUGCUUUUGAAUCUGAGUAUUUUGAAAAGCCGGAAAAUGCAUUUCACCCAACGGGCAGCCAUGUUUAGCCUUUAACCCUGCACCUCUAUCGAGAAACAAAAUCUGUGGAUCUCCACGGCCUGUCUGUCCACACACCUUCAAAAAUUGUUUUAAAACCAUGUUAAAAACAAAUCUUUUCAGGAGUAGUUUGCAAACAUGUAUAUAGGUAAUAUAUAGUAAUAAAUAGUUCUUUUUCUA